CCCGCUGUCUAUGUGCCUCUCAAUAUCCCAAUCAGCGAUAGGUCUGCUAGGCGUUGCACAGCAGUCAUUCUCAAGAGUACCGGAAACACCGGAAUCCCGCGAACAACAGCCAUCAAGUCUCGUGACUGGACCAUCGACUUCGUCACGUUACAAGCAUCACGAAUUGAAGGGCCAGAAACACCGACAUCAAGUCCCCAUUCGAAUUCGCUGGGAUACCUCCAAUCACCGAUAAGCUACGUCUCUGAGCCAUGAACCGCAAGCAGCGGCGGGCCAAGGAGACAGCGAACACGAUCAAGAGUGCGGAUGACAUACCGCUCGCCAAACCAGACAGGACCACGACACCGGGACAGGGCCGAGAUGGCAAGAGCAAGACGAAGACGCUGCUCGAAAUUGCCGCAGAGCGACAGGCCCAACUGGGCUCGACGUCCGGGGCUGGAGGGAAGGGCAUCGACGCUCGUGCCAUCCAGCCGGAGAACAUCGUGCAGGUGAAGAUUGGGAAAGGGGGAGAAAUCAUCCCAGACCCAAACUCGCCGGUGCCACAAUCGUCGCUAUCGUCAUCACAACCACAGGAGGCGGAGUAUCCCUGGCUCGACACGCUCCUACUCGCGUCGUCGCUCAGCGCCGUCCAUUUCACCCUCUCCGUGCUCGCCAUGCACCAGUACGCCGAGGAGGUCCGGUUCCGGCCGUUGAUCAUGCAGACCGUCUUCAUCGCGUUCCCCACGCUCACCAUCUUCAUCUCUCUCUUCCACGGACACCUUCUACCUGCGUCGCUCACGAACAUUCCUACCUCAGUGAAGUACUGGAUUGUUCUUCUGCGGUCCAUGAUCUACGUGGUCACGGCGAACGUCGCGGGGUGUUACUUGAUCCAGUUGACGAAUGACAAGGGAUACUACGCGGUAAUGAAGGACGCGCCGGGAGUAGGCACGAUCUGGGUCUGGGCGGUUCUGGAGAUGGGAUUGCUGGGGGCGCUGGCUGGAGUGGCAGGGCCAGGAAUUUAUGCUUGGUGGUUUGGGUACGGGAUUUGGUGACCAGAAAGAGACGUGGUCAACACCAGUGCACGGGUUCAGGAACGAAGUCGUCUCCCGCUUGGCUACAAGACUCUGGAUUGUCGCAUAUGACAGAUGUCCGAGUCCAGUGGCCCGGAGAUGGCGGAGAAGCUGAGAAAUGUUCCCCUCUCCGUGUGACCAGCCCAUGUGCAAAGCGCCUUGGCCUGGUGGUACAAGGACGCUGCCUGCCGCGGACGCCCUCCUUGGAACGUGCUCAAGGUAGUGCAGAAGAAGGUCAGAUCGUGCGCCAAGGUCCUUCUAGAAUCCACCUGGCUACUGGAGCGGAAUCACGACAUAGUCACAGAUUAUUGAAAAAUUGGAUGGCCUGCUGCUCCCAGCAUUCGCGCCGAAUCCACGUCUGGACGUCGGGCCGCUCAUAGUGCCCAUUUUGCGCGGGUCUGACUGGAGUCGGAGAAGCCCGACAGUACUGCUUGGAGCGAAAUAUUGAAAUUUUCGGUGGUACGAACAAAAUGAGUUGGGGACUCGUGGCCCAAGUAAAGCAUUGGCAUUGGAUUUUCUGGUGGAUUCCAUCGAGUAAUGAUGGAGUAAUAACGGCGAAGUACCAGCAGAGAGAGAUCCAGCGGAAGACCACCUCCGUCGACACA